AUGGCUCGUCUCAUGGGCCAAACGGACUCCAAAAUUCUACAUUCUAUAUUCAUUUUGGCUGCUGAGACAUUCCUCGCAAACCCGGGACAUCAGGAGGUGCAUCGCGAUAUCGGCGAGCGUAUGAGUAGCACUGAAUACGAAGACGAGAUCUGGGAGGCUGAACGUGAAUGCGGCGGAAUUCUUUGUGGGUAUGCCGAUCUACUUCUCGAUGAUGAUGACCAAGUGGACGAAGAUGAAGAGGAAGAUUCGGACGAUUCGGACGAUUCAGAAGAUCGCGGACCAAUGAACGUGGACCACGAAGUGAAUGAGGAUGAAGACAUGCAUGAAGAUGAGGACGACGAUGGGUUUAUAGUUCCGGACACCUAUGUGGAAUACGAGGACGAUACUGAGAAUAGCACCGAUUCCGAUUCCCCUGCAAAUUCUGGUCCGACUGCAAAGUUCACAUCGCCUCGUCAAAAGAAGAAGGGCCGUAGAAAAUCUUCCUCCACAGCCUCGCGCAAGAAUGAUGACGAUGACGAUGAUAUACGCAACUUCGUAGUCCCGGACACUUACGUGGAGUAUGAGGAUGGCUUUGAACUGGACAGCGACGCCAAUUUCGCUGAGGCAGACGACUCUCCUGCCAAAUCGCAUAUGAAGCACAAACAAUCCUCUCCAAAGCACAGUCGUACGACCAAGACACAUUCGACCUCUUCACAGAAGGAUGAUAUACGCAACUUCGUAGUCCCGGACACCUUCGUCGAGUAUGAAGAUGGCAUCGAGUGUGAAACCGACUCCAGCUCUACCGAGAGCGACGGAACCAUCAUUCGCACUGCUGCAAAGUCUCAUCACAGGAAACAAACACAUCAGCAAGCAAAAACCUCCCGUAGGGAUCAUAGGACAUCUUCUAAGAAGGGCGACGAUGAUGAUAUCAGAAAUUUUGUCGUGUCUGACGAUUGUGUGGAAUACGAAGACGGCGCCGAACCUCCUGAAAGCGAUUCUGAAAGCUCUGAUGAUGAGUUUACUUGUGGUGCUGCUGCGAAGUCCAAACCCAAGUCGCGUACCAAGAGGAGGCGGUCGUCGCAGAAGAAGGGGACACCCCGGACCACAACCAUCUCUUCACGCACGCGGUCUAAGACGAAGCCCUAUCCAAAGAAAAAAGGAUCUCAGCUGAAGAGGAAAUAUAGAAAUGACGCCGAAUACGACGGUGGAAAGUAUGCUCCCGAUGAUGAAGACGAACUGGUUGAAUCUCGUGACGAAGCUCUGGAAACUAGCUUGCCUACAACAGUCAGCUACACAGAGCUGGACGAUGAAUCCGAGGACGAAGACGACGAUAUUCCGUUGACACAACUCGCAGAGAAAUCUCUACCGGGACACUCAUCCUCUGACUCGGAGAGCGACGAACCUCCAGCGAAGAAACGAAAAACCAAGAAUAUCAUGUCUCAAGAUGACUUCGGAAGGAAGUUUGAAAACCGUGGACUUGAUAUAAUACGUCUCUCGUUCGGGCAGUCGAAACGGGAUCUAACCGGAUUUCAUCUUGUUUCAUGUAUCCAAAUACCGACUCUCCCUGGUCAGCCUUUGUGCCUUCCUUAUCAGGCCAGUCAAGCAGUCGAGUCAUUGUACACUUUUGACGAAGAGGCCGCGAUCUGA